AGUAACUAGGAGGGUGUGAGGUUGAGUGAUAACGACUGGCCUUGGCCAUAGAGAUCGUGUCCAUAGCCAAGAUAGGCUAUAUAAGCUGAGCGGAAAAGAAGGUGGACACAAGACAAAUUAUUGGUGGCCUGUUUUACCCGUGACAACGAUUCCCCGUAAAGAAAGAUGGGUGUCAGCUCCCAACUUGGUUCACUGAUCUUUUUCAUUGGACUGUUUAACUACGGCCUGGCAAGUUGUGUUUGGUACGGCCAGUGCGGAAAUAACCCUGAGCUCAAGUCAAAAGACAAGAAGGUCAACUGCUUGUACUACGGUGAACCCAAGCCUUUUGCUACCGAAGAAGGUCGCCAGAAAUUUAAAAUAAAUUGUCCAGAUUUUUACCAUGGUCCAGAAACAAAGACAUGCUGUGCUGACUCUCAGAUCAUAACCUUGGAUAAGCAGGUGGCUGUUCCUCGCCAGUCUCUGCUCAGAUGCCCGAGCUGUCUCCGCAACUUUUUCAACCUGUGGUGCCAUUUCACCUGCUCUGCGAAUCAGUCUGAUUUUACACACGUGGCAAGGACUGCAAACUACACAUUCCCGAAUGGAACUGAAGCUAAAGCUGUGGUUGCAGUGGAUUAUGAGGUCUCAACCGACUUUGCAAAUGGAAUGUUCAACUCGUGCAAAAAUGUUCAGAGCCCGAGCUCUAACCAACGCGCCCUCUCCUUGUUGUGUGGGAGGGAUGUGGACCAGUGCACUCCGGAAGUCUGGCUCAAGUACAUGGGGAAUACGGACAACACCCAGUCGCCAUUCAGCAUUAACUUUAUUGUUUCCAAUUCCAACACGUCUUUUCCUGGGACAAAUGGCACGUCUGUCACGAUUGAGCCGAUGAAUGUCACGACAGUGCCGUGCAACAAGGCCCCGACAGAGGACUCUGAAGCAUGCAGCUGCCCUGACUGCCCUACAUCUUGCUCCCCCAUACCUCCCCCAUCUCCCCCAGUGAAGCCCUGCGAGAUCCUGCAUGUGAGCUGCUACGACUUUGCCUUCACUCUGGUGUUUGCCGGCUUCCUCAUGAUCUUUGGCUGCUACAGCAUUUGCUACAACAUCAUGGUGCAGGACUCACUCCGUCUGGAGCAGCCCGGUGAUGAUGCGACAUCCAGCUGUUGUGGACGUAUUGGCGGUGCAGCUGUCCAUCGCAAUGCCAGGAAGAAGGAGUUCUUGGAUAACGUGAGCAGUGAUCAGCUUGGCCGCUGUGAGAGGAUGGGUGCCUCCAUCGAGUCUUUCCUGGAACGCCUGUUCAGAAACUGGGGGAAAAUUUGCACCAGACACCCUAUUAAAGUCAUCGUGAUUACGCUCAUCGUCUCCGCUGUGUUGUGUGCUGGCAUCAGUUUGUUCCAGGUGACCACCAACCCUGUCAAGCUGUGGUCAGGCCCCAACAGCCGUGCAAGACUGGAGAAGGAGUACUUUGACUCCAACUUUAAACCAUUCUACAGAACUGAGCAGCUCAUCAUCAGCAGACCCAACAACAAAACUACUUUCCAGUACGGGCCUGGUCCAUUUCCUCCAUUUAUCAACUACACCAGUCUGUUUGACAAGACCUUUAUGCAUAAGAUGCUGGACCUUCAACUGGCCGUGGAGAAUCUGGAGGUCUUGUACGAUAACAAGAAUAUCACCCUGAAGGAUAUCUGCUUUGCCCCCCUCCGGCCAGACAACAGUAACUGCACCAUUCAGAGUGUGUUCAAUUACUUCCAGAACAGGCAUGACCUCUUAGAUCGGAAUGUGACCAGCUCCACAGGCUGGGAUACUUACACUUACUUGGACCAUAUCAAGUUCUGUGCAAUCUCCCCGGUGUCCAUCAAUGACACAGACUCAAUUGGUAUCCCGUGUAUGGGUACUUUUGGAGGUCCUGUCUUUCCAUGGGUUGCCUUCGGUGGAUAUAAAGACGGCCAGUACAACACAGCAGAAGCUCUGGUCAUCACGUUUGUGGUGAACAAUUACCUGGAUGAGGACCAAAAUAGCAUGGCCGAGGCCUGGGAGACAGAGUACAUCGCGUUUAUGAAGGAUUACGUCAAAAAACACCCUGAUGUGACCAUUUCUUUCUCUUCUGAGAGGUCCAUUGAGGACGAGAUUGACCGGGAGAGUUCGAGUGACGUGAUGACCAUCCUCGUCAGUUACUUGAUCAUGUUUGGCUACAUCACUGUCAUGUUGGGUCGCUACAACACUGUCACCCGCAUCUUGGUGGAUUCCAAGGUGGUGCUGGGCCUCUCUGGAGUGUUCAUUGUCCUUGUGUCUGUGGGUGCUUCCCUGGGCUUCUACAGCUACCUGGGCAUCCCGUCCACCCUCAUCAUUGUGGAGGUGGUCCCGUUCCUGGUGCUGGCCGUCGGGGUGGACAACAUCUUUAUCCUUGUGCAGACCUAUCAGAGAGAGCAGCGCUUAGAUGGAGAAACCACUGACCAGCUAGUGGCUCGAGUUGUCGGAAAAGUUGGCCCCAGCAUGCUGCUCACCAGUUCCUCUGAAUCUCUGGCCUUCUUCUUGGGAGCCCUGACCGACAUGCCUGCUGUGAAGGUUUUCUCGCUGUACGCUGCCAUGGCUGUUCUGUUUGACUUCCUGCUGCAGAUAACCUGCUUUAUCUCGCUCCUUUAUCUGGAUGCCAAGAGGGAGGAGGCAAAUCGACUGGAUUUCUGCUGCUGUGCCCGUGUUGAUGCGGAAAGUCCCAAGAAUGGCAGUGGAAUUUUGUACACAAUUGUCAGCAAAUAUUACGCUCAUUUUCUCAUGAAGGAAUGGGUGCGACCAAUUGUGAUGGUGAUCUUUGUGGGUUGGUCCUGUGCCAGCGGUGCUUUGACCUCCAGAGUCAACAUCGGUUUGGACCAGUCUCUCUCUAUGCCAAAGGACUCGUAUGUACUGGACUACUUCCACAACAUCUCUACCUACCUGUCUGUGGGUGCCCCCGUGUACUUUGUGGUGCGAGACGGACACGACUACACAACGUACGAUGGUCAGAACGCAGUGUGUGGGGUGGCGGGAUGUCCCCAGACCUCUGUGGUGCAGCAGAUCAACAGUGCCUCUCUCUUGCCAAAUGAUUCGUACAUUGCUCAACCUGUAUCAUCUUGGUUAGAUGACUACUUCUCGUGGCUUGUGGUCAGUCCGUGUUGUCGGACGUAUGAGGACACAGGAGAUUUCUGUCCGUCUUCAGAACAGAACAAGACCUGCCUUGCUUGCAACGUCACGGACAAGUACAAAGGGCGCCCCAUCAGUCAUGACUUUGACAAAUUCCUUCCUUGGUUCUUGAAGGACAACCCCAACAUUCACUGUGCGAAGGGAGGCCAUGCAGCCUAUGGGUCAGCAGUGCAGCUGAGUAACGAUUCCCAUCACGAAACACAUGUUGGAGCUACAUACUUCAUGACCUACCACAGUGUCUUGAAGACAUCCUCGGAUUACAUCACUGCUCUGAAGGAGGCCAGAAAAAUUUCAGACAACAUCACGUUGUCGAUGAACGGGACCGGGAAAGUGUUCCCUUACAGCGUGUUCUACGUGUUCUACGAGCAGUACCUGACCAUCGUGGAGGACUCGGUGUUGAACAUCCUGUACUGCCUGGCGGCCAUCUUUGUCAUUUCGUUCCUGCUGCUGGGCCUGGACCUGCACUCUGCGGUGCUGGUCGUGCUGACCAUCCUCAUGAUCCUGGUGGACCUGAUGGGCAUGAUGUACUUGUGGGACAUAGACCUCAACGCUCUCUCGCUGGUCAACCUCAUCAUGGCCAUCGGCAUAUCAGUGGAGUUCUGUUCCCACAUCAUUCGAGCAUUCACUGUCAGCGUUCUGCCCACUCGUAAAGAAAGAGCAAAGGAUGCCUUAGGACAUAUGGGAAGCUCGGUCCUGAGUGGCAUCACCCUUACCAAGCUGGGUGGCAUCAUCGUCCUGGGCUUCUCCAAGUCGCAGCUGUUCCAGGUGUUCUACUUCAGAAUGUACCUGGGCAUGGUCAUCUUUGGGGCCACCCACGGCCUCAUCUUCCUUCCCGUGCUCUUGAGCUAUCUCGGUCCCUCUGUAAACAAGGCCAAAGUCUACCAGCAGAAAUAUGUGCAGGAGUCGAUGGAGGAGCAGGGGGCCGGGGACCAAGGAGAGUCCCGGACCAACCGCAGGUCGGCGCAGCGCUACGCAUACGACAACCCGCCUGCUUACAACAGCAUGGGCGGGGGCACCGCGCAGCCCAUGUGAUGCUGCUGAGACAAAACAUGCUGAGAAGAUGACGCUGUUGUUGCCGUGCUCAGAUUCAGCCAGUCCGCCGUGUACCUUAGUUUGUGGGAAUUUGGGGUUGUGAGUUGUGGAGAGUGAUGCUCACUCACAGCAAGUGUGUCUGGCAUGGUCGUGUGUUUGUUUGAUCUGAUUUGAAUGUGGGUGGAAACUAAGAAUCAUGUGAAGCUAGGAGUAUGGGUACACCACCAUCUUUUUAGCAUCCUGGGUCUGGGAAAUGUCUCAAGAGUUACUGCUUUUGUAAUAAGGGUGCCCCAUGAUAAUAACUCCCUAAUGUAGACCUCUGCCCUGUCAUUUCAGCAGCCUUUGUCUCCCAGAAUCCUGAAAAAUUCAUGGAUUGGUAAGAAGGUAGACAUUGGAUGUAAACGUAUAAAAGAUAGAAUGAAAUAAAUGGUACAAGUUUAUCUUUGUACGUGUCUAGUGGAAAAUUCAAGUCUUUUCUGGUGCUAACGUGGGGAUCUGACGCGAUCUUGUGUUUUUGGUGUGCUUGUAUAAUCUUGUCCUAUACAAAUGUGUGGUGGGUUUUGUGUCCUGGCGGCAGAGACAGAAGAAGUGAAUGGCGUUACCAUGCAGAAAUGAAGCGGUACCCUCGGUUGCUGCAGUGUAGAUAGACUUCUUUCUGCAUUUAGAUUCUCCACUUUAAAAAAAUAGAUGACAAUGUGAUUUUCUGUGUCGUGUCAGCAACUCAUGACAUCCACUCGUACAUUACCAAGAAUAUGGAACAGGAAGCAAAGUACUAAAGUAUAAAAAUUGUUUCUAUUUUCUACUUUCCUUUUCAGCACUGUUCACUAUGCUUUUGAUUGGGGGCGGGGGUGAAUAAAAAUGUUGAAAAGGACAAUUUGCAGACAGAUUCUGUUCUGUUCUAUUCUGUAGGUAUACUUGUAGUCAAAUACUUUGUACAUAAAAUGAAGACGUAAAGGCCCUGGAAUUGUGAAUGAUCUGAAGGAGACCUCAGAGACAGUUUUUAUGUAUAGUUGUUUUUACUGAUAUGAUUCACAUGAAUAUGAAGACUUUCCUUUUAUGAAUUAUGAAUGAAAUGGAAGACAGACAUGGACAAGUUGGCAUGAGUAGAACUGAGAGGGCUAAAAAAAAUGCUUUAAAAAUAGGGAGCAUUGGUGCGUUCUUGUGCUUUUUUUUUUUUCAGUAAGCUAAACUCAGAAGCUUUGCCUCUUGUCUUGCUUGGGCCUUUAUUCUGAGAGAUACAUUCCCGCUUUCUCUCAGACAGCUGUCUGCUUCGGUUCCGCGCUGAUACAUUCAGGCUGCCUGUCACUUUCUGCCUAAGAUAACAAAUGAUUUGUUAUUCCCUGAUGUUGAUUAUGCAAAAAUGUUUGAUAUUAUUUUCUUUAACUGCAGAUAACUUGAUUUGUUUUAUUUUUCUUUAAGCUUGAUUACAUUUCAGGGAAGUUGUGUAUAUAUAUAUGAAUUAUAUAUUAUGUGUAUGUGAUUAUUGUUUCUGCUGCUCUGAACAGUGUCUUGUGAAGAAUCAAUGUUUCUUAUGGGUCAGUCUUAUGAAUGUUAUUUAUUUCAUUUUGUAUGGCAAAAGUGGUGAGUGAAAUAACUAAAAUUUGUAGGUGUGUGAAAAUGCAGGGAUAUAAGUUGAGCAUUUGAUGGUAGCUAAUUGAAUGUUUUUUUAUGUAGAUGACUGGUGGUUUCUCUUUUGUCAAAGUGCAGCUUAUGGCUCUGAUAAAGGAAUACUAAAACUGCUGUAUAAAUUCACACUUCUUUACCUAUGUUCAGUUUUGUAUGAUUUGAAAGAACUGUGUCUCGUAAAGAAAAUUGCAGGAACUUUUGCACAAUAUUUGAACCAUUUAACCUGUUUGAGCAAAUGCACAGUUUUGUACUUUGCUUCUUUAUCCUUGUACUGGGUUGCUAUGGAACAUUAUGUGUUUGCUUAACAAGUGCUACCAGGUUCCAGAACCAGUGAAAAAACGGCCUCCAAAGUUUUGGUGAAUUCCAAAGCUUGAGUGUCCUUAAAAAUUGUAAAUUUACAUUUUCUAUUUUGGUGCUUUUUCAUCAUUUUUCAGUGAGUUCCACACAGAACUAUGUUUUCAAUUGGACAUAAAAAGUGUUGAACCAAAAAAAAAUUCAAUAGAAAUUGCUCAAGGAGCAGAAAAAUGUCAGUUUCUUCUAUUUUAGUAUUUUGAUGAGGCCUAAUUCACCGCAAUGACUCGCAUAUUUUUUUGUAAUGCAAGGGGGAAAGUGGUUGUUUAAACUGGUGGCCCUUGUGGCAUUUUCGACUGUAGUUCGUUUGUUUGAAGGAAAAAAACUCUUUAGGGCCUUCUUCUCAGGUGUGUUUGCUAGUAUUAUAUUUCUUCCAGAUUUCCUUUGUUUCCAGGACCUCCAUAACAGGGUUUGCUCUUGUCUUGUCUCAAAAGACUUGAAAAUUAAAUCCUAUGUCUAUUUUGAGAGAUUCCUAAAAUAUGGUGACAGGUGUGUUAAAAUCGAGUGUGAAUAUAGUGGAGUCCAUUUAAACCGAACAUGGUUGAUCCAAAACCAGUGGUAAAUGGAAAAGAAAAUCUCCCAAUUUAAAAAAAAAAUGUUUUUUGGGAGAAAACUUUCUAAAUGGAAAACUUGGCUAAACUAAAGAAUGCCAGGCAGUCUCGCAGAUUUCAGUUUAAGUGAACUCCAUCAUACAUAAAUGUUUUAAGGUAAGAAGGAUACAGUUGCUUUUUAUGUGAAUGUGUGUUUGAAGAUAUUAAUAUAUAACAUGUAUGCUUGCUUGGGAUUUGUCUGUCUUGCAAUGUCUCACUAUAUCCAUGACGCGGAGUGAUACUGUGACUGUGCUCCUUCACAAGCUUUGUAAAGCCUAUGUACAUCAUAGUUCACCAUAGUCAGUAAUUUAUUCCUUCAUGUUCUAUCAUGCCGAUUCUCUCUGUACAAAGUUCCCUUUGGGCUCGUGUCAAGAUGUCUGGUGUCUGAUAGGAAUUGGAAAAUUUCCUGUUGGAUGAUAAAGGGUAUUUUCAGGGUUAUUUGCUGGGUGGAGUCCUUUUUGUCUCAUUUUUUCAUCCUCCAUUUCUUCUUCUCCUCAUCCCUCCCUUCCCCCCACCUUUUUUUUUUUUUUGACAUGGUCCUCAGUCCUCUGUAUAAAUUUUUUGAAUACGCAUUGAAAUAUGAGGGACAAUGAGGAUUUUAUUACGUGAAUUAUUUUUUUCUCUGUUUUUGUUCAUUUUAGCAAAGCUUUACUAAUACAAGUACUACACCUUUAUGGCAGUUAUUGAAAGGGGGAUAUGAGAAAUGUUUCAUUUUUUUACUCUGUUUACAAAGUGCCCAUUCUUCCUUCGGGUUCAACAUUAAGUUAAUGUUGUGAUGUUUGUUUAAAGAGAGUUUGUUAUUAUGCCAAAGGGUGAAUGUUGUCUCCGUCUUUCGGAUAAUAGGUGGUUUCUUCUUUUCUUCUAAUUUUGUCUAUGCUAUAGCACACUCAAAUAUAUUAAACGCUACUAAAGUUGGGUUUUUAAUUUUUUUCUUCUUUUAUUAUCUUGCUUAUUCUAAAUAGUGUAUGGACUUCUGUGUACCCUUGUGGGUCCCUUUUUCUUAAGUUCUCCAAUUAAAAACAGCUCGGGCUAAUUUGAAGCAAUAUAUUUCGUUGUCUGUUUGUCUGCAGAAUAUAAAAUUCACCAACAUCUCUUGUUUUAUGUAUAGGCCCUCCGAUUUGUCUACAAAAGAUGUGAAAUCAAAUCCAAUGCUCAGAAAGUUAUUUUAUGGAGCGUCUUCAUCUUUGUGCUGGGAGGCUGUCGUUUUUGUUUAGUUGAACGGGACAGGUUGGGUUGAGGAUGCCCACUUCUUAAUGGUCUUCGUUGUGUGGAUGUAAGCUCGAAACAUUUUCACUAACAGAUUCUUGGGCUCUGAUUCCUCAGCUUCAAGUAAAUUUCUUUUUUAUAUUAUGUUUCCUCCUUGAAAAGUAUUUUCAGAAGGAAGGUACUUGCAGCUUUCAUGUGCUUCAAACCAAAUUACAGAAUUAAAUCAUUUGAUCAGUUUUUUGUUUGAUUUAUUAAAUCCAGAUUUGAAGAACUUUGUUACCCAAAGUUGUCAGUGAUUGGGUGUUCUGGCUUUAAUUCUCUGUUUUUCAUUUACUCUGUCCUGAUAACCAAAUUGUUUUUGCAUUAUGCAAUGUUUUAUUUUAUUUUCAGAAGUUUGUUUGGGGAAAAGGGGUGAAUGGGGAGGGUGGCGGUGGUGAUUUAUUCAGAAGUUUGUUUGGGGAAAAAAUGGGGAGGGUGGCGGUGGUGAUUUAUUCAGAAGUUUGUUUGAAUAAAAAGGCAGGGGGGGGGUAAGGGUAGUGGUGGGGAUGUUUUCUGAGGGUCCACUCCACAAAUAAAAUGUAUUCAUAUUUUAUAUGUUGUAUUUCAUUAACACUUACUUUGUAUCAUUUGAUCAGCAACUUUUCUCAUGCAUUUAUUCAUCCAAAGUUGUUGUUAGGGUUCUUUUUUUCAAUUAAGUAAUAAGCAGGAAAAUAAUUAACCAGCAUUUUUUUUGCCUUGUGUGAAGAGAAAAAGAGUAAUUAUAGGCACAUGAGAUAGUUGAAUCACUUUUGCCUGUGGAAAAGGAGAUAGAUCUACAUUGUAUGUUUCUUUGCUUCCCUUGUCCCUGGCCUAUUGUUCUGUGGCUAUGUGACUUUAUUAGAAUUUUUAAAAACAUUAGUUAGUGUCAGACAACCCUUAUCUGCUAGUUCCUGGGCAAGCUACGGCUGCUCUUUUAUAAGAGAAAAUGUAAUUUAAAAAAUACUGUGAUCAAAUUUUGGGGGUGGUUGUAUAUAUGUAUGUUUGUGUGUUUGAAAAGGGGGGAGGGGGGAGAGAAGAGUGGGUUGCUUGAAUUGCUGAAUUAUAGAUUUAAUAAAUCAUUUUCAUCAAAUGGCAGGGGAAAGGGGAAAAAAAACAGUCAGUCUGUUGAAACAUCUGUUUUGCAGAUGCUAGAACAAUCUUAGUAGGAAACAAUUGGUUCACCUUUCUACUGUAUGUCGUCAUACAUUUUAUAUUGUGAAAAAUGAUUGAUAAUUUCAUCAUAUUGAAGUUCAUGAGAAAUUUUGAAUAAAAUUUUUCUUUGCACAAUAUCGUUCUCCUAUGUUGUAAUUUGCAAAUUCCGAAUUAAUUUUUCCUCAUGAAAUUCUCCAAUGCUGAAUCGCUUUGGGUAAAAAUGGAAAUGUUUAAUUUCUCACUGCAUUAUCCAGGUUCCCGAAAAUAAUAUUGCAUAUGUUACUCUCAAUUUUUAUCCGGAUAAGGUGUAUACCAAUUAGGAAAUAAUUGUCCUUAUAAAAAAUUAUAGGACUUUGUACAUAGAAUAAGGUGAGAUAAUAAUAUUGAAAUUAAAUGUCAAAGAGUUGAGCUUGUAAAGAGCUUUUUUUGUUGUUGUUGUUUGUUUUGCAUGGCUCGGAACAGAAUGGUAGACAUAAUGCUAUCCUUAAGAAUGGCUAUUUUCGUGCUGUGUAGGCUAGAUGUCCUUUUUUUUUCUUCCUCGGUUUCUUUUUCUCUCUCUUUUUAGCCAAGAGCCCACUUUUUGAAAAACUUUUUUCUGUUUAAUGUCUGAUAAAGUUUUGAUGAAAUACUUAUAACAUUUCCAUGAAAUGAGAAUUUUCAUUUCUGUGGGGGAGGGAGGGGGGAGGUUUAUGUAACUAGUAGCGCAGUUGACAUGGUACCGCAUUACUGUGUAAAUAGCCUGAGUUCAAACUACCAGCACGGUGGGGUUUUGGGGGGUUUUUUACUUGGUUGUUUGCGUAGUUUUCAUGGCUUGGCACAGUCUUUUUUGGAGACAGGCAUCAAAUAGGGGGUCACAUUAAACCCUUUCUAAACCAUACCUAGUUUAGGUAUUUAUCAGGCAUAUUUCUCCUUUAUGGAACAGGGGAUAUAUCAAGUCUCUUAUGUAUAAUGUCAACUCAGUACGACUGGUUUUGUCUAAAUAUUGCCACCAAUUCCUGUGUAUUUAUUUUCAUUGCUAGCUUUGUGAAUGAAGGACCUGUUCUCCAUUGUAAUGGGUGGUCUUUGAAAAAAGGCAUCAUUUCCUCUUUUUCAAUUCCGGUGCUUAUUUUUCACUUACAGCUAAGUUGUAGUGUCCAUCCUAAAUUUUGCUUUUCUAUCUACCCUUUUUAAAAAUUAUUAUUAUUUUAUUUUUUUAAUUAAUUUAUUUUUGGUUUACUUUGGAUUCUUUUUUAAUUUUAAGGUUUGAUGUGUACUGAAAGAUAUUUUUCACCUGUAUGAGACUGAAAGACCUAUCUGGUUAUAUAUUAACAAUGAUUCUUAAGGUUUUUGUCAGACUGCAGUGUUUUUGGUGAAAGAUCUGUUUCAUACAUAUAUAAAUUUUUAUACUGGUUAGUAUAUGCCAGACCCUUUUAUGUUAAAAAAUAUGAGAACGAUCGUGUUGAGUCCAUCGAAAAUCAUUGCACAUUUUGUGUUCUACAUGCACUACUAAUCUUGCCAAAGUGAUCAUUUCAUCUUGUUUCUGGUUACUAAUACUUUAAAUAGAACACCGCCAUUGCUGAUGCCCAUCAACAAAAGAUUUCUAAAGUACCAUUUUCCCCCCACCAUUUGUUGACAAUAAAAUAUAAUAUGAAACGUU